UACUUUUAACACGCAAAGCAGAAAAACAGAGAGAACACAGACCACUUCAUUGAUGCCCCACUAAAUCUCCUAAUUCCUUCCUCGAAAGCUCUCCAGAGUGCUCGGGACGUAGGGAUGACGAGACCCCAACGGCGAUAUCGAGGCGUUCGGCAACGGCACUGGGGCUCCUGGGUCUCCGAGAUUCGCCACCCUUUGCUGAAGACAAGAAUAUGGCUAGGAACUUUUGAGACGGCCGAAGAUGCAGCACGGGCCUACGACGAGGCAGCGAGGCUAAUGUGUGGCCCGAAAGCCCGGACCAACUUCCCUUACGACCCAAACGAGCUCCAUUCCUCUUCCUCGAAGCUUCUCUCCGCGACCCUGACAGCGAAGUUGCAUAAAUGUCACACGGCGUCACUUCAGCUGACCAAGAAAACUUCUUCAGCUAAUAAGGAGCCUAAGGAAUCACAUCACAGCAGCCCUCCGGGCUUUGCAAGGAGCGAUGGUAGCGAUGGGGGAGACAGGCCGGUCGUUAUCCAAUGGAAUGAGAUGAAUUGGGAUAGUUAUAGUGAGGACGAUAGUAGCUCGGGGUCGCAUCAGCUUGUUAGGCCGCUCGAAGAUGACCACAUAGAGCAGAUGAUAGAGGAGCUGCUCGAUUAUGGGUCCGUCGAGCUCUGUUCUGCUGUCCCCAACAUAGGUUAGAGCAAUAACCCGUUUUGGUCGAGAGACCGACUCUCACAUUAGAAGAAUCAGAGGUGCUAUCCGAUGUAGUAUAGGCCAAGGCCCCGCGGCGUCUCGCGAUCAAUGUAGCUUUCGUAACUACUUGCUAAUUAAUUAAUGUAACUUCCUUCCUAAUAAAAUCCAACUUCUUGUAUUUGCAUAA